UACAGUUUAUCCUUUUGAUGCUGUCUUUUUCCCAUGAUAAAAUGCGCUAAAUUUCAGCCAAUUUUGAAGGAGCAAAAUUUGUAAAAUAAUAUUUAUGAGUUAUGUAUGUUUUGAUUUGAACUCUCUUCGUGGUAUCUUUCUUGAAGUAUUACCCAAGUGUCUCACAUACACGCUGACCAAAGCAUCAAAAACCAAGAUGGCGGACAUGAAAUCUAUUGUAGAAACAAAAUUAACGGAAGAAUUUAGUCCUGUACAUUUGGUAAGCGCUCUGCAGUGAAAGUGGUUCAUAUUCAUGCCUCGAUUUCAACCCUAAUAUAAUUUUUAUUGCUCCAAAUUUAAUAUAGAAUCAUUCGCAACGGGCAUUAAACCAGCUGGCUUUCCAGUUUUAAAUGUAAAACUCCGCCAAUUUUGUCUGUUUUAGGAUGUGACUGACAUUACUGCAGAGAAAUGUGACACCAGUUUCAAUGUGAUUAUUGUAUCAGACAAAUUUACAGGCAAACCGCUCUUACAAAGACACAGGAUGGUCAAUUCAUGUUUAGAGGAAGAGUUGAAAUCUAUCCAUGCUUUUACGAUGAAAACACUCACACCAGAACAGUGGGAAAAACAAAAAACAUGAUUAUGGUCUAAUUUAUGUACUAGUCAAUCAACCAAUUAAUGAUAUAAUUAGUGUACUAAUGAUCUAAUUAGUGUUAGACUAAUUAAUGACAUAAUUAGUCUGGUUCUCAAGAUAGAUUACACCAAGGAACAUGGUAAUGAAUCAUGACAGAGUAGUUCUCAAGUAGACUAAGUAAUUUUGUGUAAAUAUGAAAAUUUUCAGGGAAUAAAUAUUUGAAAUGCUCAG